CAUGAGUAAUGCCGUGCAACUUUUUCUUAUCCUCCUUUGCUUUUAUCUUUCUUCAAUGUUUGAUUCUCUUGAAGCUACAGAGUCAACUCCCACUUUCAACAACUUCACUACAAGCCCUUGCUUUGAGGUUGAGAGGAAUGCACUUAUUCAAUUCAAAAAUGGUCUUAACGAUCCAUCAGGGCGGCUCUCUUCUUGGGUUGGUGAGAAUUGCUGCCAGUGGAAGGGUGUAGGCUGCAGUCGCAAAACAGGUAACAUCAUUAGCCUUAAUCUCAGAAACCCAUAUAACCUCCCUUGUCCUGAGUGCUUAAUGUCAGAUACUGAGGCUGAAGUAUAUGAACUGUCAUGUUUGGCAGGUGAAAUUAAUCCUGCUCUUGUUAAAUUGCAAUAUUUGUCCCAUUUAGACUUAAGCAAAAACCAUUUUCAUGGAAUUCAAAUUCCCAGUUUCAUUGGUUCCCUUAGAAAGUUGAAAUACCUUAAUCUUUCUUAUAUGUCCCUUUCCGGAAUGGUUCCCCCUUCUCUAGGAAACCUAUCGAGCUUGCAAUAUCUUGAUCUCUAUGCACUUUCAUAUCUUUAUGAAGUUAAACCAAUCUGGGUUUCUGAUGUGUCCUGGCUCUCAAAACUCUAUUCUCUUAAAUACCUAAAUCUGGGAUAUGUGAACCUGAGCUCAGCAUCAUCUCCUUGGCAACAAGCGUUUAGCGUCCUUCCUUCUCUUGUAGAAUUGCAUUUGACAGGAUGCCAUAUCCAUGACUUCCCCCAAAGUCUCCCAAUUGUGAAUUUUACUUCACUGUUGGUCCUCCAUCUCAAUGAAAAUAACUUCAAUUCUCCAAUACCACGGUGGUUAUUCAAUAUUAGCACUCUUAUAGACCUUAACCUUGGAAGUUCAAAUAUUAAAGGCCCCAUACCCAAUAAUGCCUUCAGAAAAUUUUGUCCAAUUCCAUCAUCAAUCAGGACUCUAUCACUCUUGGAAGAGCUAUUUCUCUCUUCAAAUGAAUUGAAUGGAACCAUCCCAGAAGGGAUAGGACAACUAAUGGCUUUGACCUCUUUGCACCUCUAUGCAAACUCUUGGGAAGACAAAAUUUCAGAGAUUCAUUUCCUCAGACUCAAGAGACUGAAAUAUUUCUCCUUAUCAAGUCGCAACAAGUCCUUGGCAUUUGAAGUAAGACAAGAGUGGAUUCCCCCUUUUAGUCUAGAAACCAUCAUAAUAACUCAUUGUCUAGUGGGCCCCACUUUCCCUUCUUGGCUUAAAACUCAGAAAGAAUUAAUUGAAAUAGACUUGUCUAAAGUGGGUAUUUCAGAUACUGUACCAGGCUGGUUUUGGAAGUUAACUCCACAAAUUCAAAGAUUGCACCUUACUAGCAACCAAUUGCAUGGAAUGCUUCCCAAAGCAUUGAAAUUUUCACUGGGGACGGGGACGGUGAAUUUAAGUUUUAAUGUCUUAGAAGGCCCUAUCCCUCUUUUUUACAAUGUUGAAACUCUCGUCUUGAGUAACAACCAUUUUUCAGGACCAAUUCCAGUAAAUAUUGGUUGGAAAAUGCCAAUGUUGGAGGUCCUAGAUCUUUCAGGAAACUCUCUAAAGGGAACAAUGCCUGCUUCCUUGUGUAAAUUGGAGAAACUGACAAUUCUUAAUCUCUCAAAGAAUCAAUUAUCAGGAAAAAUCCCAAAUCAUUGGAAGGAUUCAAAAUCUCUUUAUACAAUUGACCUAUCAAGUAAUAACUUAAUCGGUAACGUCCCAAGCUCGUUGUGUUCGCUACCUGAGCUUUCUUGGUUGAAAUUGGACAACAACAAUCUCUCAGGAAAAGUGUUUCGAUCCUUGAAAAAUUGCAUAAAAUUGGAGAUGCUUAAUCUCGGGCAAAAUAAAUUCACGGGGGAAAUACCGAAUUGGAUUGGUGAAAGACUAUUGUCAUUGUCAUCACUAAACCUAGAAGCCAACAUAUUCAAUGGAAGCAUUCCGACACAUCUUUGUCGUCUUCCUUCUCUCCACAUUUUAGUCCUUGCACAAAAUAAUUUGUCAGGAUUGGUGCCUCCAUGUCUGGGAAACUUAAGCAGUUUGAAUUCUUUUAGAGAAUACCAUCCAUACCCACCAGAUGCUCAUUUCUCUUACUUGGAGGAAAUGGAGUUGACUGUGAAGGGAAGACAACUUGAAUAUACCAAGACACUAGAUAUUGUGAAUAUCAUAGACCUCUCAAAUAAUAAUAUGCAAGGAGAAAUCCCAGAACAGAUAACGAAUCUGUCAUUCUUGGUUACUUUGAAUUUAUCAAGGAAUCAGUUGAUUGGAAACAUACCGGAGAAGAUUGCAAACAUGAAGCAUUUAGAAACUCUUGACCUCUCAUGCAACCAUCUUUCAGGUCCCAUUCCUCCAAGCAUGUCUUCUAUGACAUUCUUGAACUAUCUCAACUUAUCACAUAACAACUUUUCAGGACCAAUUCCAUCAGCCAACCAAUUCCUCACCUUCACUAAUCCUUCAUCUUUUGAGGGUAACCCUAAACUUUGUGGCGCUCCAUUGCCAACCAACUGCUCAAUGCCAAAUGAUAAAGGUGAAGAAGACAAGGUUGGUAACCACAAAGAUGAUAGGACUGAAAGGAUAUGGUUUUACUCAGGCGUGGCAUUGGGUUUUGUGGUGGGGUUUUGGUGUGUUUGUGGCACAUUGAUAGUAAAGAAAUCUUGGAGACAUGCUUAUUUUCGGUUUGUGGACAGAAUGAAAGACAAAAUCUAUGUGGUCAUUGCAGUGAACAAGGCUCGAUUGCUAAGGAAGCUAAAUGGAGAAAUAUGAGAUUAA